GUUACUGUUUAGUCUAAUCCGUCACUUUUCUUCAAUUUCUGUUUUCGUUUUCUCAAUUUCCGGCGAUUUCAAUCAAGGUUAUUUCAUUUAAUUUAUCGAAUUCGAAUCAAAAGUUGGGUUAUUUUCAGGAGAAAUUCGUAAGAACUUAAAGGUUCAACCACGUUCUGAACAUACGGCAAAAUUUUGAUACACCGCCAGAAUGUUCUAUCAUAUUGCUUUGGAACACGAAAUUCUUUUGCAUCCUCGAUAUUUCGGACCACAAUUGAUGGAAACUGUAAAACAAAAGCUUUUUACAGAAGUUGAAGGCACUUGCACUGGAAAGUAUGGAUUUGUCAUAGCAGUGACCACUAUCGACAACAUUGGUGCUGGUAUCAUUCAGCCCGGGCAAGGGUUUGUCGUUUACCCUGUCAAGUACAAGGCAAUUGUCUUUCGACCAUUCAAAGGGCAGGUUUUGGAUGCAGUUGUAACACAAGUCAAUAAGGUUGGGCUUUUCACAGAAAUUGGGCCUCUUUCAUGUUUCAUAUCCAGACAUUCGAUUCCGUCGGACAUGCAGUUCGACCCCAAUUCAACCCCACCUUGCUACAAAACCCAGGAUGAAGAUGUUGUUAUUCAACAGGACGAUGAAAUCCGCAUAAAAAUUGUCGGUUUGAGAGUGGAUGCCACCGAUAUUUUUGCUAUUGGAACACUUAUGGACGACUACUUGGGUUUGGUCAGCUAAAUUAUUUGGAUUCAAUGUUUGUAUUGUCACUGUGUUAUUCGAACUUUCGAAGGUUAACGUAUGGAGUUGAAAUUAAACGAGAAAAGGAAUGUAA